AUGGGCCAGAUCUCUGAAGCAGUUGGCGCGGAGGUUACCUUGGGAUCUAAGGAGAAAAUCGAGGGCGUGAUGAAGGUCCUGCACUCUGAUUCUCAGUCAGCUCUGGCAGUUUGUCAGUGCGCAGCUGGGAGUUGGCGCACGCGCCACUUGCGCAUUCGUGGAAGUAUGAUCAGAGAGCUGCUGGAGUACCCGGACUGGCUGGCUUUUUACUUGGAUGGCAAGGUGAUGCCAGCAGACUUGGGAACGAAAGCUUUAGCUGUGGAUCGCUUCAAUGUGCUUGUGGAUCGAAUGCGGGUUCAGCGGAAGCGGCACCAUGGUGAUUCGAAGGGGCUUGCUCCUGGACAAGUCAAGCAGCUGAUGAUGGUGCUGUGUUUGACCGCGAUGGUGGAGCAAGGAAAGGCGGCCGAGCAGGAGCCGCGCGAGUCCUUUGACUAUGUGUUCUUGGGCGUGUGCAUCCUGGCGGUCAUUGCGGUUUGGGAGUUUGUGAAGGGUGGCUGUGUGUGGGCGUGUCGACGAUUUCUGGGCACCGGGAGCUCCCGGGCAGGGACCUACGCGAGUGAUCGUCAGGCUCUUCUGGAACCCCCCAGCGACGGGAGGCAGGCUCUUCUGGAAACUCUGAAGACGAGCCAACCACGUCGAGGAGCCGAGCGUCGACUCUUCGACAGGGCCGAUUCAGGCUCAGCUAUCUGGAGAGAGGCGCAGCUAUGCCGUCUUCGCGAAGAGUGGUGGAUAACCAUCGGGAGCUGCACAAGCCUUCUCGAGCUCUUGCUGAUCGCGAAUGGAAAGGACGAACGGAGUUGGUCCUGA